GCAUGGUACAGAGCGUGGCGAGAGGUCUUGGUGGUGUGACGCUUUGCAUGUAAGUGCGGCUGCUGGUGCUGCUCAUACAGGAGCUAUUGACUGUUUGGAGGUCGGCUGUGGUCACCUACACAGACACUGGCAUCUGGGAACCAAGAAAACCAGCUCAGGGAGAGCACAAACAAAGGCAAGACGAAGAGAAAGUCAAGACUGGGAGGCAGCAGGAGCCUGGUGCUGAGGCUGGUAUGAGAGAAUAAGGCUGUCAAGCUGUCUGGGUGUGAGUGAACACCCUCUAGUGGAGCUGUUGAAGACGUUCCAUCUGUUUCUAACCGCAUUUCAAGAGGUCUAUGGUCCAGCUUUGAGCAGAGACCAUGUGGUGUUUAGAGCUGCUCUUACCACUGCUGUUGAUCAUCAAUGAUGCCAGUUGUCAGUGGAAUGUUUGGUUACCUCGGGAUAUCUCGGCCAUGACAAACUCCUGUGUGGUCAUCCCCUGCACCUUCAUGUAUCCGUCUGGGAUCAGGCCGAGCCGUGGAAUUCAUGGUAUCUGGUACUUCGGGCAGCCCUACCCUCAACUCUUCCCUCCUGUAGUCUUCAAAUCACGUACAGACGUUGUGCAUGAGAGCUACAAGGGCCGAACCAAGCUCCUGGGUGAUCUGCACCAGAGGAACUGCACUUUGCUCAUCAACAAUGUUGGCACAGAGCACUCAGGGAGAUACUACUUUCGUGCAGAUCUCGGUGGAGCCAACAUCUAUACAUAUCCAGACUUCACUGAGCUCAAGGUGCUGGAUCAACCCAACAUCGACGUGCCAGAGGAGAUUGUCAGUGACGAGAGCUUGGAGCUUACAUGCUACGCUCCUGAUAACUGCCCUGACAUGACUCCUGAGAUCCAGUGGAUGUACACAGACUACCUGCCUGACCCAGAAUUCAGCACUGACCUUGUGGAGGAGAGCAACACAGCAGUCCUCUCCAACACCCUCACUUUCAUACCAAGGCCCAUGCACAAUGGGCAGCUUCUGGGCUGCAGGGUCUACUACCCCAACACCACACUAGUCUAUGAGAGGCUCAUCUCUCUAGACAUCAAGUAUCCUCCACGCUCUGUGUGGGUGAAUGCUUCUUCAGAGGUGAUGGAGGGCAGCUCUGUGCUGCUGCACUGUGAAGUAGACAGUAACCCUCCUUCCAGGAUCGCCUGGAUGUUCGGAGACGAAGAACUGCUGUGGGACACAGCAUCCAACAUCUCCCUCACCUUAGAUGAUGUGACACCUGAAAAAGAGGGAAUUUACACCUGUAUUGGGGACAAUGGUUAUGGCGCUAUGAACACCUCACUCUACCUGGCUGUAAAGUACCCUCCCCGUGAGCCUGUGGUAAAUGACUCUCUUACAGUAGUAGAGGGUACCACUCUGGCCCUGCACUGCAGCACACAGGGAAGCCCAGCGCCCACCAUCACCUGGCUGAAGGAUGGGCAACUGGUGGGCACCAUCACUGCAGAUGAGCUGUCAGUGCUGGAUAUUGUGGCAAUCACACCACAGGGAGAUGGACAGUACCGCUGCCUGGCAGAGAAUGAGCAUGGGCGAGCCAGCAGCUCCCUGAACAUCACUGUAGAGUAUGCCCCUGUGCUCCUGGAAGAGUCAAAGUGCACAGUGGUGAGGGAAGGUGUGCAGUGUGUCUGCAUGGCCACAGGAAACCCUGAACCCACCAUCGAGUUCUACCUGCCUGACCUGAACAUCACCAUCAAUGAAACUGAUGGCCGGUACAACUUCUACACGCACACAGACGGGCACACCUCCACCGGCAUGAUCAAGCUACGCGAGAAAGGCGAACGGGUCGAAAAUGGAGGCCCUGCUGUCAACGUCCACUGCAGCAUCUCCAAUGCAUACGGAAGAGAGAGCAUACUUCUGGAGCUGCAACAGGAGAAAAAGUACAUGAUGGCAGUUAUAGUUGGCACCAUUGGAGGAGUGGCAGUCAUAGCCUUCAUCAUUGCAGCAGUGAGAUACGUUGGUCACAACAACAAGAAAGAGAAUGGCAACCCUAGGCAGGACGUGGUCCUGGAGAACCCAGCUUUGUACUACAGCGCAGUCAAGAAGGACAAACAAAAUCUGAGGAAGAAAGUGCUUAAGACAGAGCUGUUGGGCUCAAAGUUUAACUCCAUUCUAGAGGAGACUACGGGAGAAGACGGGGAUUAUCAACCUGUGGGCUCUAUGGCAGGACUGGAGAGGCAAGAGCUGAAUUACGCUGCCCUGGAGUUUAUCGGGGCCAGGCCCAGGGAGGGGGCCUCAGGGAGGGGGGAUGAUGGCAGCAACUACACAGAAAUCAAAGCCAAAUGAAUCGCGAUCCUUCCCUGAUCCCUCGGCUAUGCGAGACGCAGUGGCAGCCCCAUAGUACACACAUCUGCCCCAUAAACUGUGUGAUAACUCCUCCUCUUCUACUGGAUUUCACUCUGCAUAUGAUGACCCCCCCCCUCUUCAUUUCUUCAAAUUUAUCACAUGUAAUGUUCUGCUCUGUGGCAGUUUUCCUCCCAGUGUGCUGCCCCUCCUCCAUGGGAUGCCCCCUCUUAUACCACCAUUGGGAAAAACUGGUAUUUUUGGUGGUUUUGAGCAACACCUACUGGACAAUGUAAAACAUAUUAUGUUAAUUUUAAGCCUAGUUCAAGUUGCAGUACAUUGUCUCUACAGUGUUAAUCAAUGACCAUGUUUUUAGUCUUUUCUCCAUGUGACUGUUGUUGCAUCUAUCUCACUAUUUGCUCUCCAUCUGUCUUUUAACUGUCACUGUGUCUGCUGCCAGUCGAAGCAUCAGGGCAAGGAGUAACAAUGCUUUUGUCCUCUUAUCUUUAUUUGUGUUUAUGUAUUGAGAGCGAACCUCUCUUCUCUCCCUCUCUAUAUCCUAAGAAGGUAACUGUCAGAGGUGAGAAAAGGAAAUGCCACUACAUUCCACAUAAUUGUAUUUAAUGUGUGCUCUGUGACUCAGUAGCCUCUCAUAAUAAAUUGGAAAAAAAAAGUCACCAUCAUUUCUGAUAGUAUUUAAAGAGGUUUUGUACAUUUAAGCGACACACUUUCCAAUUCUGAAAAACCUUGAUUCUGGCAUUUUCCACGUACGUGUAAGAAUGUUUUGAGAUUUGAGGGGGGUUUCUUACACUGUGGCCAAUGCAAAGUGUCUCAUUUUCUACUUCUUCUCCCACAACGCACGUGUUUCUUCACAACUAGAAAAUACAGACCUGAAGCACAACAUACUUGCUUGUGAGCAGCCAAAGUGUUAUCUCCUAUAGACAAUGUGUGUGUGUGUAUGUAUGGGUGUGUGUAUUCAAAUUGUGCUGAAGGAUCACCAGACACUGAUUUCUGGGGGUCUUUGGGAAGUUCAAGCAUUGCCUCACUUGAGGUCGGUGCUUUGUUCUCACAGGAUUGCAUCAAAUGUUUGAAUGACAAAAAGUGUUGCUGACUAGCCACCUGUUUGUGCUACUCAAUGACAUUUGAUGGACUGUGGUGUAUUAUUAUUAUUAUUAUUAUUAUUAAAGCUCACUAAUAGUCUAACUUGAUAAUGAUGGUGUCAAUAAUAUAUUAAUUUGAUGUAUAUUGAUGGUGAAAGGAAUCCCAGUAUGUACAGUAAACAUCCUGCAUGAGUCUUUUGCUGCAAGGCACAUAUUCAAGUAUUAAACUGGAGGGAAAAGCUAGACUGACAAAUGAAAAAAACCAACAAAAACCCACCUUUGUCACACUCAACCACUCUGAUUAAACACUGUCUUAAUAGAAGGUUAGAAAAUAGCACCGAACCUUUAACUAGAUAAAUGUGUCAAAGUUAAAUCAAAGGCUGUGUUCUCUGUAAAUACUGGAGUACUCAGUAUUUUAGUAUUGCUUAUCCAUUGAAUUUGUUAACUCACAAGAAGCAGAUUUUUCUUUUUCUUUUUUAAAGAAUCAAAAUCACAGCACCCAGGAAGUCCUGAGUUGGUAGCGCUGGUUGAGCUCCAAUUACUGAUUCCUAUGUUCCAUUUAAUGCAAGCAAAGGCUUAACACAAUCUUUUUGUUAGAAGCACCGUGCCUGAUAGACAUGAAGGUCAUCUCUGCUCUUUAAUUUUACCGUCUGCGAUCAAUUUGUUGUGUCCAAGCUUCAUUUUUUUUUUAAGCUAGUUCAGAACUUUGUAUUAUGGAGUGUUUUAGUACUGCCCACGCCUCAUACUUGAUCUAAAUAAACCAAGGAACCUACUACCUUACUGUCAACUUCCACCAUGUCUUGCAGAGCAUAUGCCAUAAACACCCACACACUGAAGCCAUAACCCAGUACAUAUUACAAUUUUGCAUAAGAAAGAGUAGGUGUUGAUUGUAAUUUUGAUUUGAAUUGGUAUUAAUUUUACAUUAGAUUGUUUUCACAACGUAACUCUUGAUAAAUGUGUUUGUUGUCUUAAAAAACAUGGAAAAAUUGGUCUCUAAAAGCAAAGAAUAGCAAUUAUGCAAUUUUUAAUGUAUAUUGUUAAAAUGUAUGUAAAGAUGUUUAUGGAAGAGUCAAGUGGAAAACAAAAGAGAAAUGGAGAAAUAAUCUCUUCAUGAAGACUGAAAUUCCUUUGGAUAUACAUGUUAUGGCUAAGGCUUUAUAAAAUCAUAUGAAAUUUUGUUUGGCUGUGUUAUUUAAAAUCAUGGAUUAAGUUCACAGAGGCAGCAGCGCAUCUCUGUGGGCUGUUUUAAAAAAAUGGUUUCACAAUCAGCAGAGGAAAAUUCGGUAAAAGCCUCAAACUACAGUAACUUUGUAUACGUACAGACAUUUCUAGAAAGGAAAGGCAAUGUGAAACCAAGAACGAUACAUUAUGAGGAACACUUCGGUUUUUAGCUGUUAAACUGAAAUACACUCAAACGAAUCUCUCUGUCAAAAUGAAUAAACCGUGAUGAUGUAACUUCAAGUGAAAGAACUGACAUCACCUCGGUUCUGGUAAUAACGUGCAGAUAUAAUUUUUUUUUCCUUGUAGCUGAAAGAUCUGAAAUUUUAUGUUAAAUUUGGCUGAAUAAGACUUAUAAUCAAUGCUGGCCUUUUAUUAAGACAUUGUUCUAUUAAAUUAUAGAUGAAGAGUUCCAAAUAUCUUGCCUAGCAUUCUUAAAUUGCCUGCCUGCAGAGUCAGUAACAUUUCCCGUCUCUGAACUCCUCAUAUUGUUAUUUAUUUUUAAGUAGAAGUAUCAAAUGUGUCUUACCUAAUCUUUGCCACAGUGUGUUGUAAAGAAAAUGUGUAUGUCCAAUACUUUGUGAUGAUCAUAAUAAUUAUUACAGUCUUUGUUUCUACAUUGAUGAUUGACAAAAUAAUUCAUAUCAGGGUCUGCAGUCUCUGCAAAUAAGCACUGUUUUAAUGACUGUAGGUUUUUCAGCAAUGAUGUAGUUUGCUUGCUCUUUUAUUUUAUACAAGGCAUUGAUGCCUUGAGCAAAUUCAUUUGUCUUCAGUUUCCUGCAAAUAUAAAUAAAAUAAAAACAACACCA